UCGUCCGAUUGGUCUCCGACCCGUGAUCAUAUGCUCCCGCAUGCUCCCGUUCGUGUACUCACGUUUUUCGUCUGCACUUUUGAUUUGAAACGCCUUUGACAUGGCGGGAUAUAACUUAAAGAAUAAAGAGGAACUGGAGGAGUAUUUGAAGAACCUGCACAUCGAGUAUCAGUUCGGUUGUUUGAGCGAGAAGAACCCUGAGGUUUGUCAUCUACUGGCUAAUUAUCACGAAGCGGUGAAGCAGGAUUUCAAGGAGGCUAUAUCUGUGUACAAAAAGAAUUGCGACGAGCACAAUUACGGAAAGAGCUGCACGAAAUACGGCGGCUACCGGGCAGUGGGUAAAGAUUGCGAGAAAGACGUGGCCGAAGGAUUCAAAUACAUGCUGAAGGGAUGCGAACAAGGCGAUCCGAAGGGUUGCCUCAACGCCGGCGUAUUGUCAGUGACGGACAACAAACUCACAGAGUCUAAGGGAGAAAACCAUGUCGCGGUUGGAAUGAAUCUGUUGAGGAAAGCCUGCGAUGCCAGUAACGAGCAGGCUUGCUUUUAUUUGUCAGGCAUUUUCUUAUCCGGCAUCGAAGGUGUCGUCGAAAAGAAUUUUAAAGAGGCAUACGUGUUAUCUUUGAAAUCAUGCGAAAUGGGAAACCCGUACGCGUGUGCCAAUGUAUCUAUAAUGCACAAAAAAGGUGAUGGCGUGCAACAGAACGCAGAACUCGCGAAAACGUUUAAGACUCGUGCCGAGCAGUUGUUAAAAGAAGUAAAUGAACUUAAGAAGCAAAUCAAAUUUCAUCAAGGCAUCGAUCCAUAAUUUUAGCUCGUUUAAAAAUGUAUAGGUAGAAAUAAAAUUGAAAUAAAAUAGGCCGAUCCAUUUAUACAAUCAUCCAUCCUGUGAUUUAAACAAAUUGUUAAUAAAUGUCACUGACUCCUUAA